GCUGUCAGUCGCAGAGAAAAAUAAUCAAAAAUUUCAUUGUUUUGAUACCGCGUUUCAGUGCGCUCUCAACAAUUUUACGAAAAUUCACAUCAAAUCAAUUCCAGAAUGGCCCUUUACGACGACCUGGAUACCAAACAGGGGCCGGACAAGGUCGCCGGCUGGUCGUCUGGAAUUAAACUUCUCCAGACGCAGCUGCAGGUGAAGAAAGCGGCGCAACCCAUCAUUCAGCCGAAGAACGCUCUGAGGAAGCACGGUUUAACACCGGUAGUCAACCUGAAAGCGAAAAAGGAGAAUAUCGAUCUGUUUGGAAUACCGUCGAGCAGCAGUCAGGUUUCGUAUGACAAACCGAUUACCGUUACGACAUCCGUUCCCACGAGUGUCAGUGGAGGAGACGCCUACAGCUGGAAUGUGAUUGACGAAUACAAUCCACUGUGGCCAAACGAGUACGAAAAGCUGACUAAGGACCGGAAGGCUAAGGAACCCCCGAAACAACCGCUGAACAAUUAUGGCGGUCGGAGCAGACGGGAAUAUAAACGUGGCCUCAAUCUGAACAAGAUGCAUGGAGGUGGGGGUGGUGCUGGAGGGGGAGGAGGAGCAGGUGGCGGUGGAGGUGGCGAUGAUGAUGGACCAGGAGCCAAAAAGAGUGGAUUUGCCGGUCGACCAUCGUCUGACGACGAGGAAGAAUUCCGGCCUGGUUUGAAGACUUCUGGAGCGGCCAUUGCCCCACCGGCAUCGUUGCAGGAAUCCGUCGCACAAAUACCGGACGGUUCAAAAAUGCCAAAUCUUACCGCUUACGGUGGAAGCUCGGUUGCUGCUAAGAUUAUGGCCAAGUACGGCUUCCGGGAUGGCCAAGGAUUGGGCAAACAGGAACAAGGCAUGUCCAUGGCUUUGCAGGUUGAGAAAACUUCCAAACGGGGCGGUCGCAUUGUGCACGAAAAGGACAUAAGUAUGCCUCCUCCUGGUGAGGUUCCAGCAGCAGCAACAGCGGGUGCGGCACCGGCAGCGGCUUCAACAUCGCAGGCCUCGUCGUUCGCAUCAGAACCCUCGAUAACGGAAAUCAUGAAAUCUCCAAGCAAAGUGGUACUGCUCAGGAAUAUGGUCGGUCCAGGAGAUGUGGACGACGAGUUGGAACCGGAGGUCAAGGAUGAAUGUAAUACCAAAUAUGGUGACGUCAUCACCGUGGUGAUCCAUGAGAUACCGAAAGUGGUCCCGGAGGAAACGGUUCGCAUUUUCGUCGAGUUCAAGCGCAUGGAGAGCGCCAUCAAGGCCGUUGUGGAUCUGAAUGGUCGGUUCUUCGGUGGUCGUCAAGUUCGCGCUGGAUUCUACAACCAGGAGAGGUUCGACAGCAUGGAUCUCGAUGGGUGAGUAGACACGGUGGUUUCGGAUGUAAGUGAAGGGUACCAUGAAUUGUGAGUGUACUUGAUUAAUUUUAGUGUUGCUAUCUCCUGAGCAAAAUCGUAAGCAAAAGCAUAAAUAUAAUAAUGUGAUGUAAAAA